AUGUUAAGGUCCAUUGGGAAACCAGCGAUUGCCAUGGCAAUGGGAAAGGUUAGAGAAAUGUCCAUAUGUGUUCAGAAAUCGGACAAGAGCAGUGAGUGCUUCUCCAGCACCACCUUCGAGGAAGUAAGCAGUGUUGCUUCGGCACUUGGUAUUUAUGCUAUCCUUAGAUCGGAGCUUAUUGUGAAGAGCGAGAUGGUGGAUGAUGAGGUGGAUUACCGGCAGCCGGAUGAGGAUCAGCUCAGCUUGGUGGACCUGUGCAGUUCUGAUGAAGGGCUGGACGAUGGAGAGGCGUGCCAGGAUUAUGACUUCGACCAUGCCAGUACACCCUCGACGUAUUGUCCUUCGGACAUCGGCUCACCAAGGGUUCCCACCUCCCCUGGAUACCCGAUUAGGUCCGCACCCAAUCUUGGCAGUGUUGGGUUGUGGAGCGAUCACAAGUGUGAACGACGCAGGAAACCAGCCACGUCGGCUAACGCGAUCCUGAGGCCCGCCAAACCCAGCUCUCCUCCUAAUCCCGCGAGAAUCGGUCUGCGUGUAGAGUCACGAGGCCGCCAGACUAGCCGCUCAGUAAAUACCGCUGUCGUGCUGAAGCGUGCAGCAGCCCACCAGGGUAGAGAACUUGGAGAUAGGUGCGACUAUGAUGAUCCUGAGUGCCCGCUGCCGAAGGUUCCGAGGGAUUGGGAUGAAACGGACCAGAGGUUCGCUUGUAAGGAUUGUAUUCAGACCAAUCGGGAUGACAGCUGGAUCUGCACCCUUUGUGGUAUCGAUCUGUGGAGUCCAGGGGAGAUCGCUUUCCAUGAGACCACAAAGCGCCAUCAGAAGGCAGCUGGACACAAGGUGUGGGAGAAUAUGGAGGCGUAUAUCAAAGAGAAGUACUCCAAGGACUUGAAUGAGCUUGGUGUACUCGAAACAGCGGCACAGACUUUGCUCUGUAAGAUUUGCGAUAUGCCUUUGCAGAGCUACUAUGAUGCAGCGAAGCAUGUGAAUUCGUCGAACCAUUUCGGUUACUCUCAACACUACGCGUGGUGGCUGGACGCAAGAGCCAUAUUUACAGGAGGCAAUGUCUCAAGUGAUCCCCAGUGGAGAGCUGUCACGACUUACCUUCUCAAGCACAUGCCGGACCCUAAGAGGCUGAUCGAUGAGGAAGGGAUAAUCCCGAGUAAGACCUGCUGA